CUGGAUUAUUAGCUGUUAACAGGAUAAGCCACUAGAGGCAGUGAAAUCUAGAAGGAGACAGCAGAUCUCGCCAAUUACAAGGAUGGGGCAAUCUUCUAGCAGUAGAUACAGAGAAGAAGAACAGGCUAAUGGUCGCGGAAGCAGAAACAGAAACAAAAACAUGAAAAGGGCUAAACAGGCCGCAAAGAAACUAAAGAAAGCGGACAUCGAUGGCGUGGAUGGUGAGGCGACGGUCGAGGCGCCACCGGAAGGCGGAUUAAGCGGCUGGGCUGUUUGUGGUGGCAGUGCUGUCAUCACUUCCGCUACAGCCGUCGUUCGCACUACAGUCCACGUGUCCGUCGACUCCAUCAACACCGCGUUCAACGUUACAAAGGCAGGGAACAAAACAACCGGAAACGUGACGACGCCAGCGCCUGUGCCAGCUACGACAGCCAGGAACAUUGACUACAACGGAUGUUUAAAUUACCUGUUGGCGAACUUUCCUGGAAGUGAUGACCCCGGCUUCAUUAACUGUGUAAAUCUUGGCGUCCCUACCUAUCACCCGUGCAUGGAGAAUUAUUUCCAAGGUGUCGACCCCGCAACUGUCCCACCGGGGAUGCAGGAUUUAUGCCAAUUUAAUCUCAACCAGCCACAGCCUCUGACCGCCGGAAACGUGUUCUCUGCAACCGUUACCACGGACGAUGAAGUCGGUACACGCUUAGAAUACAUAUUUGUAUACAUAAGUCUUCUCUGUGUGCUCCUUGGCGCAAUGCUGGCGGUUUUCCUCGGUUACCGGAUUACUUCCGUCAUUGGAUCUGUGCUGGUGGCGGUGGGGUUUAUCGUAGCCUCGUUCCUGGACGAGGAAGUCGCGGUAACAGUGCUCAGUGCGGGCGUUGGCGGUAUCGGGACGGCUUUACUACGCGUUGCCGCCAUUAUUGCGGUGCUCGAGUACUUUGACGAACUGCGCAUGCGCGCAAUCGUGCUGAGCGGAAUGGGGGCGGUGCUUAUCAACUUUUUGAUGAUUGGGAUCACGUUCAUUGACGGGAUAGACCUGAACUGGACAAAAACGUUCAAAUUCCAAGCCAUUCCGGCAGGCAUCAGUCUAGUAGCGAGUUUUGCCCUUAAACCGCUCAAGCUGAAGUCACGCAGAGACCGGAGGGGAAACCAGAUAUCAGGAUGCGGUGCGAAGUGCUCUGACUACAUCUUCAGUGGGGACCUUUUCACGGACAUCGUGUUUUACCUCGUGGUCCUCGUGUUUCUACUGGAUCAGACUGGUCGACCGAUCUUCAGCGAGGGAAUGCAGCCAAUCAUGGAGGAGAAAGGCUUUUCCCAGACCAAAGUCGACAUCCAGCCCUUCAUUGAGAACGGAGGUGCCCUUCUGGGGCUGCUACUGCUGCUGUGUUGGAAACGGCACGACCUUCCUGGGAAUCUGGCGGUUCUGGCGGCCAUGGACGCCUUGAUCGGGAUACUCUCGCUCCACGUGCCGGAAAUGACUUCAUACGCAUGGGCGGCUGCGUAUUCGGCGAUUUUCGGUUUUACCGAUGGUCUAGGUUUGGCUAUUCAUAAUGAUAAACUGACCAAGGAAGAUGUUGUACAGAUACAUGCCUUCUAA